AUGAUCCAAGCCGCGAAGAACACGAUUGCUGAGAAUUUGGGAGGUGCCCAUGCUCUUGCGCCAAAAGAGUCGCAAUUCUCUCUUGAUGAGGUUCCUGAUCUUUCUGGCAAAGUUGCCGUCAUUACUGGAGGCUCAGAGGGUAUUGGUUAUGGAUGCACACAUACCCUGCUAUCACACAACAUUGAGAAGCUCUUUAUCAUUUCCAAGUCCGAAGACAUCGCCAACGAUGCGAUCAAAGCAAUCACAGAAGAGAUGGGCGAAGAUAAGGCAAAUAGGGUGGAGAUUAGCGAGAAGACGGAUAGACUAGACAUUCUGAUCAACAAUGCCGGACGAGGUAUCAUGACAUAUCAACUGGCAAAGAACGGCGUCGACUUACACAUGGCCACCAACCACUUCGGUCACGUCGUGCUCACGUCUCAUCUCCUCCCUCUCUUGCAGUCGACAGCGGAGAAGGGUGACAAAGUCCGCCUUGUACAGCUUGGAUCCAACCUACACGAGAACGCGCCCAAGGAGACGCAAUUCGAGAGCCUCGACGAGCUGAACACGGACUAUGGCCCACAGCCACAAUAUGGUCGUUCAAAGCUCGCUGCGAUCUUGUACGCCAAGUACCUUGAUCGCCACCUGAAUUCUCAAUAUCCUAACAUUCUCUCCAACGCCUCGCAUCCCGGCAUCGUCGAUACCCGGCAGUCGGCUGUGCACAUCCACGAGGCGUAUCCACUUGGUGGCUAUGCAAUGAGCGUUGGUCUUGCGCCGUUCAAGAAGAGCCAAUUUGAAGGGUGUGUGAGUACGAUGUAUGCGGCGACGAAGGCGGAGAAGAGUGGUCAGUAUAUCUGCCCGCCCGCAAUUGUGGAGCAGGGUAGUGAAAAGGCAAAUGAUGUACAGUUGGGUGAACGGUUGAUGGACUUGACGUGGAAGAUUGUGAACCAGAAGACGAAGUUGAACCUAGGACCUCCGUCUAAAGUGUCAUAA